GCUAGAUUUAAAGGACAUAAAACUACAUGAAAGUCACUGAUUCUCUAGCUGAUUGAUGCUCUGAAGAUAACUUGCUGGGCCCCAUAAGAGGUUCUAACCCAGUCAUGUGGUGUGUCUGCAGUGGAAGUGGGUUAAGGCUUGGUAGCCAAAGUGUGACAAUGUUUGAGAGCACGGUAUUUAUUACCACUGUGUGAAAUCCUUGAUAGGUUUUAAGCUCAGCCUGUUUCUACCCUCAAGCUUGUAGUCUUUAUAAAAUGAUGUCCUAGCCAGCCCCUUUUUUUGCGGCAACUGGCGGCUUUCAGGUGACAGAAUAAUGGCCAGCUGUCGGCUAGAACCAAUUGGCCUCAGCUGACUGCUGGCCGCAUAUUAUUCUUUGCCCCCUCAUCUUACAUGUGCACUAAUAUUGGGAUAUAAAAAAUGAUCAUAUUAAAAAGAUAUCAACAUAUAAGUUUAGUGUUCAAAUUUAUUUAGCCCCCUGCAGUGCUAAAGGGAAUGAUCAUUUGUUUCCAGAUCAUCCAUCACCACAGUGCAUGACCACUGUUUGUUGCACUGUUUUAACUAUGUAGACUCUUCCUCUUUAUGUCUUCUAUGAAUUGGAAUGAAUCUUGUUGCAUGCAUUUAUAAGUAAAUAAAAAAUUGUAUCCCUGCCAAGUUUAUACUUGAUAUUUUUCUUUCAGCUACUUGAAAAAUUUAACUUAAUACCGAUUAAGUGAUUAACUAAGUUCAGUGGUAGCAUGGAUCAUCAGAAAGAUUUGCUCCUUGCUAUAUUAGGAAAUUCUGUAAAAUGUUCAUCAGGUUCAAGACAGCAAGAGAAUGCAACAGAGAAAAAUUUACCUCAAGCUGAAGAAACACUAUUGAAUCCUGGAGCUCCUUUGGCUGUGAGCAAAUGCAAAUUUUCACUGAUAAAAAAUGGCAUUCAUGCCAAUGCCACCAAUAUGGGGAAAGAGCAGAAGCCCCUACUUCUGGCUGAUGUUGUUCCUCUUUUGGCCCAUGUGGUUCUGGGCCAAGAUAUUGACAUUGACGACAAACAAUGGUUCAAAUUGAAGCUUAGAGGCUCUGUGACAAGCACAUUGUUGCUGAUUGCUGAUGGUAUUGGCAGCCAUCAUCUUUGUCACCUGGACUGUUACCCUGAUGCUUCAGAAGACUCGCUUCCACCUUGCAAAAAGCAGAAGAGAUCCUCAAGGUGCAAGUGUGUUGCUAAUUGUGGUGUCAAGUGUGUCCAGCCCCUAGAAGACAGAAUUACUUCUGCUCUUCCUAAACUCCAUGCCCUGAUGUCUUCAGCAGUUGUGACUCUGCACCCAGCUAUCUAUGGUCGCUCUCUCUUGCAAGAUCUCUUCACACUGCGAUGCCCAGAAUCAUAUGUCACACAACUCCGUCAUGGCAGUUCCUCUCAAGUGCCUGUCUCCAUAACCCAAGCCUUCCCGUCAUCAACGCUCUACAACAACUUAUCUGGAGUUCAGCCAAGUACUAAGCCUGAAACUCAACCCAUUGAUGAAAAAUCUUAUGACCUUUUAGAGGAGGCUUACUUAGCUGAUGAGAAUGUGAAACUCAACUAUUAUAAAAGCUUAGAUGACAAAUUUGGUUCAAAACGUUUACCAGCUGACAGGUGUUGGGAUCGAGGUACAAAAGCCGAUUUAUUGCCACCUGACAAGUUUGAUCGACGUCUGCUACUUCUACAUCUGGAGAGAAUGAUUUCCCGACAAUACCCUGUACCUCAGUCCUUAUUCAAUGAAUAUUACCACCUAUGCAUGCCGCCUCCACCGCAUCGUGAUUUCAGUAACUUCAUUGCCACGAAGCCCAUGUAUGCUCCAGUGACAGCAACAUCUCCUAUAUUCAGCAUAGAUUGUGAGUACAGGCAUAAGAAGCCCACGCUGAUCGCGGUGGUGAACGAGAGUGCAGAGCUCGUAUACCGGACACCCAUUCUAUCAAGAGGCGAGGGCAGCGACGACUGUGGCCAGAGUCUGGAGCAGGUGCAGUCUGUUCUACGUGAACGUCUUCCUCCUGAUGCCAUCAUUACAGGGCAUAGCCUCCACAACGAUCUCGAAGUAUUGAAGCUGUACCACCCGUACGUGAUAGACACUUGCUUCCUCUUCGACUUGGGACCGGAUUCUUUGCUGACCCACAGUUUGCGGCAUCUGACCCGACUCUUCCUGAAGAAGGAAGUGCAGAUGUGCAAACAUUCAUAUCAUGACCCCACUGAAGACGCUAUUGCAUCUCUUGAGCUCCUACAGUUAAAGUUGCAAAAAGGAUUUACUUACGGUGAGAAGAUAAAAGGUGGCUACGUGCCUCCUGCUGCCGCUUUGGAAACAUCUCAAGACAAAAUGUUCUUCCAGAACUUCUUUGAGAUGUAUCAAAAUUGCGAGUUGCCUAAAGCAAGGCUGGUAACGACUGAGUGCUUGAGGAGCGCGUGGGACAAUCAGAUGCAACAGUUCGAGUCAAGCUUGGAUUGCGACGUCGUGACGUCAGAAACACAGGCCUUUCGCCAUCUGCCCGUCGCUAGCAAUGAGUGUUCUAGUCCUCUCACUAUUAUGCAUUUCCAGUGCACGAGCAUACUGCAACCCAAGAGCACCAGGAGGAAGGCUUGGAAGAAAUUCGACUCUCGUUUGACUGCAGCUCUGGAGCAACAGCCUGCCAACACUCUCUUCUUGGUGCUCCUACCUGGCGACACGGCAUCUCUGUCGCCGUCACCCGAAUCCCCCUGUAGAGGUCUUCUUUUACUUGGCAUUACGAAAUAAUGAUCGAUGUGUGAAAAUUUGUGCUUUUAGCCUGUUACUGUUAAUAAACUUAAAGUUGGACUGAU